UCAGAGGGGCAGAUGGCCAAAGAGGCAUAAAAGGACCCCCAGGACCACCAGGACUCCCAAUGCUUUACCUUUGGAGGAAUACGGAAGAGGACUGGGCUGCAUUCAGGAGAACAUCUUAUUAUCAGCUGCUGGCAGCUGGAUGGCCUAGAGAAAUAGGCCUCCCUGGACCAAUGGGUGAGUUGGGGAGACCUGGGCUACCUGGGUUACCCGGAGAUCCAGGUCAGACAGGACCACCAGGUCACAGAGGCGAUAUGGGUGGCAUGGGACCAAAGGGAGUCAGAGGCCGGGCAGGUACUCAAGGAAGUGAUGGAGAGAACGGGCUUGAUGGGGUGACAGGACCUCUAGGGGUACCUGGGCUGCAGGGUCCUCCUGGCUACAAAGGUGAGACAGCGCCCUCUGGAGAAAAAGGAGAUGAGGGUUUUCCUGGUGCACCUGGCCCCCGUGGAGAUAGAGGACAUGCUGGCCAAAAAGGCUCAAAAGGAGAGAUGGGAUUCACCGGCUCUGCGGGUCCUUCAGGACCUGUUGGUUUACAAGGUGUUGUAGGGAUUCCUGGCCCACCUGGCUCUAAGGGGUAUCUAGGACAUAAUGGAAAACUUGGUCCUCCAGGGCCAGUGGGAGCGCCUGGUGCUACAGGAUUGGUUGGUCCACAAGGGGUUAACGGCUCAGAAGGGGAUAAUGGACCUUCUGGCCCUGUUGGCCGGAAAGGCCCUCAGGGCCCUAGAGGGUUAGAAGGAGAUAGAGGCCAACCUGGUCACCCAGGCUCUCAGGGGCUUCCAGGUCAGGAUGGUCCACAGGGCCUCAAAGGUGGCAUUGGACCAGGGGGUCCAAUUGGAAACAGAGGACUACAAGGCAUCGAAGGACCCAUGGGUAUGAUUGGGGAUCCAGGUCCAAAAGGCUUUCCAGGUGUCACAGGCUAUAGGGGCCCGGAUGGAGAAAAGGGCUAUGCAGGACCCAAGGGGGGAAAAGGACCACAAGGAGCACCAGGGAUUAUUGGUUCGCAGGGUGAGAGGGGCCAAUCAGGCCUUCCUGGCUUACCUGGUGUCAAAGGUCAGGCAGGUUCUCCAGGUAUCCAGGGAGAAAAUGGUGAAGUAGGUCCUCAGGGAAUGCUUGGAAAAGAGGGUCAGAAGGGCAGUAGGGGUGAAACUGGUUGUAAUGGAAGAACAGGCUCCAGAGGAUCCAGAGGUCGAGCAGGCCAACAUGGUCCCCCUGGUAUACCUGGAAUAACGGGUUUUCGAGGUCUAGUUGGUGCAGAGGGACCAGAAGGAAAGCCUGGUACACAGGGUUUUUCUGGUUCUCUCGGAAGUCCAGGAAAUAAAGGACCUGAUGGCCUCAGGGGAGUGACUGGAGAAUCAGGAAAACAAGGGCCUCCAGGCUUACAGGGCCCACAUGGACGAACAGGCCAAGAUGGCACCCAAGGUCCUCUUGGUGAGAGGGGCUUCACUGGAAAACCAGGCAUGGCAGGUCCACAGGGGCCUGUAGGCAUGUAUGGUUAUCCAGGAGCCAUAGGCCUUCGUGGACGACCAGGUCACAUAGGAGAGAGGGGUGAACCAGGAAUUAGGGGACCUGUGGGGCCACCAGGAGCAAAGGGUCCACCUGGUUUACCUGGCCUGGCUGGUGAGAGGGGCCCUUCUGGACCACCGGGUCGUCAAGGGGAGUCAGGUCCUGUUGGCUUCCAAGGAGUGUCUGGACCCCUAGGCCUGCCUGGGACUGAGGGUAUGAUUGGAAAGCGAGGCCCCCCAGGGAGCCAAGGCUCUCAGGGGCCACAAGGAAAACAAGGUCCAGUUGGAUUGCCAGGCUCACCGGGAGCAAGUGGAAUGGUUGGUCAAACUGAAGAGAAAGGGCAGCAGGGAGUUCCAGGACCUCCAGGUGACCCUGGUUCUGUUGGAUUAGAUGGGCAACAGGGUCAUCCUGGUCCAGCUGGUUUGGAGGGUCCACCAGGGGCAAAAGGGGAAUAUGGAUCACCUGGACCCAUUGGAAAGCCUGGUCCAAAUGGACCUCCAGGAGAGCCAGGGCCUCGGGGAUCUCAGGGAACGCAGGGUGAGCCAGGACCAAGUGGCAAAGAGGAAGGGAUCGGACCUCCAGGUGAUAUUGGAAACCCAGGUCCUAAAGGACAAAAGGGUGACCCUGGAGAUCGAGGAUCAUCUGGGCAACAAGGGCUAUCUGGAUUUUUGGGGGAUCAAGGAGAACGAGGAGUUAAGGGGAACAAAGGCUACUUUGGAGCACAAGGCCAGAAUGGGUUGAUGGGAGAGACUGGUCCAUCUGGCUUGAUAGGCCUAGAGGGUUUAAUGGGCCCACCGGGACCACCAGGAGCUAAUGGUUCACCAGGUCCAAAGGGAGAAACUGGAUCACCUGGUGUCACUGGCCAUCCAGGAGAUCAAGGCGAUCAGGGAAUAGCUGGGCAGAGAGGUUUAAAAGGGGUUAUGGGGAAGCCAGGACCUCAGGGAGCCGUGGGUCUCAGAGGCCCUGAGGGAUUACUGGGCCCCAAGGGUAUGCCAGGAAAAGGGGGACCUAAAGGUGAACCAGGAAGACAAGGACCUCUAGGGCAGAUGGGACCACUGGGUCUCACUGGGUCCAAAGGAUCCUCUGCAUUGUCAGGAACACAGGGACCUCCAGGAGAAGUGGGUGCUCAGGGCCCAAUUGGCCCACCAGGACCCCAGGGCCCAAAAGGCAGAGCUGGACCUCAGGGAAGAGAGGGACAUAAAGGUCAGAAGGGAAAUUAUGGUCGAGAAGGAGCUCUAGGAAAAACUGGGCAUGCUGGAAGGAGAGGGAAAAGAGGAACCACUGGUCAAAGAGGCCUCAGUGGACCCAGAGGGGAGAAGGGACUGAAGGGGACACUAGGAAUGUCUGGACCUCCAGGCAGACCAGGAUUAUAUGGUUUACCAGGCAUUCAAGGUGAGAAAGGAGAGAAGGGUGAAAAAGGCUUUGAGGGAGAGAAGGGGGAAAUCGGGUCACUUGGUCCUCCAGGGGGAGAGGGACUGAAGGGGAAGCAGGGCAUAUAUGGAGAGAAUGGGAGAAAUGGACCUAAGGGAGAGCAGGGAGAUAUUGGACCAACAGGUCAAAGAGGGAUCCCAGGUCUACCAGGGAUGCCUGGGCUGUUUGGAGAAAAGGGUUUAAAAGGAAAUCCAGGACUUUCUGGUCCAAAAGGAGAGAGAGGACCUACUGGCCCACCAGGUUUUCCAGGUCCUCCAGGAUUAUCUGUGAACCUAACACUGACUCAGCUAAAUGACCUGAUGUACCAGUCUGACAAGCCCAACUAUACACUUAUUCUGAUGCUGCUUGACUCCCUUCAGCAAGACCUGCGACUCUUCAUAGAUCCACCAGAUGGCUCUAAGGAGCAUCCAGCGACCACAUGCUUGGAGUUAAUGCUCUGUUAUCCCAACUUUUCUAAUGGAAUGUAUUACAUCGACCCAAAUCAGGGCAGUUCAGCUGAUGCUUUACUAGUAUAUUGCAACUUUAGUUCAGGUGGCCAAACAUGCUUGCCACCCCUGCAGCCACAAAUGCCGAUGAGAUCCUGGCUCAAAGACUCCAGGCCAGAUUCAUUUACUUGGUUGAGCUCUAAAGAUGGUGGCUUUCAGUUUGAUUACACAGGAACCAGUGUGGUACAGAUGAGAUUCCUACGAUUAAACAGUAAGACUGCUAGGCAAAACAUCAUAUAUUCAUGCCAGCCAAACAGCCAUCAAGGUACAAGUGUGAGAGAGAUUAAGUUCCUUGCAGACUCGAGACAAAAGAGUUUUUUGGGAACAUUACGAGAUUGUGAGCCUACAGGUGUGCUGGAUGUGGGGCCUCAGGAGUCUGUGUUCCAGUUUGAGAGUGAAGAACUGGAGCUUUUACCAAUCAGAGAUGUGGCUUUAUUUGGCCACAGUGACGUGACAGAAAAUUUUACAUUUACUAUAGGACACAUCUGCUUCAGCUAGACAAACACUCUCAUUUGGGGACUUGCUGGACUGCUCUGUAGAACUCUCACUGAGAAAAGCAGAGUAAAGAAUUAAAAACAAAAGGAGAAAGGCCGUUCUGCAAGAUCAGGCAGGACCUUUUCUCCUCUCCAUUUGCUGUAGGAAUGGAUAUUCCAUAUGAAGUCUUUAUUUCAUCUUAAGUUUGUUAAAUUAACUGAUUUGUUGUCCAGUGGCAACAGCAAUUUGGUGCACAGUUUCUUGUAAGGAGUUGUUGUAUAUUGUUUACAAUGCUUGUUUCUGUUAAGUAGUUUAUUUAUAUGAUGUCAGUUUUAAAUGUUACAUAGAAUGCAAUUCACAUUUUUAUAAAAAACAUACUUUCCUCAAAUCCCCUUAUUUCAGGUUUUGUUGCAGCUUCUGAAAAUGAGUACUGUGAUCUCUGUUGCACUCACUAUUAAUGUUAAACAGAUAGUUCAACCAAAAAUGACAGAUUCUCUCAUUUACUCACUCUCAUGCAUCCCAGAUGUGUAUUACUUUUUUUCUUUUUUUUUUUUAAGAGUAUCUCAGAUCUUUAGGUCAAGACAAUGCAAGUGAAUGGUGACCAGACCUUUCAAGCUACAAAAAUCAAAUAAAGGCAGCAUAAAAUAAACCCAUAUGACUCCUGUUGUUUAAUAUGUCUUCUGAAGCAAUGCAAUCACUUUGGGUAUGAAAAAGAUCAAUAUUUAAAUCCUUUUUUACUAUAAAUCUCCACUUUCUGUAUGUGAAUGUGGAGAUUUAUAGUAAAAAAGGACUUAACCCUUUAAGCUUGUAUGGGCCUAACGGUGUUUGAAACCUUAGAAGCUCUACUUUACAACGCAUGUACUGUAGGCUUUAUGACCUAAACUGAACAGGUGCUUUGAAAUUUCAGGCAAAUCAACUGUUCUGAAAAUGUAUGAAAAAUGUUGCACUGUACAUGUUAAUGUAAUUAGUAAAAACAUCAAACUCUUAAUAUAGCCAUGUGUCAUAUAUUGUUGGAAAGCUCUCAAAGAGUAGAAGACAAAAAUAUAGCAAGUUAUGGCUAAGUAUGUCUUUGACAUUUAUGUUGGUGUUGCUUAUAUGCCAUGUUUUCACUUAUAACUUCACACACAAAAAAAACCACAGAACAUAAAAUAUCACAUACGGUUACUUGGAGGCAAUUAUCUUUCAAACUACCCCACACACUAAGUAAUCUGAUGAUCAUUAGAUAAUCGACACAAAGCACAAUGUUACAUAUGGCCACCAGGAGAUGGAGCCAAGUGCACAACGGACUCGAUGGUGACUCAUUGAGUCAAAUGGCACUUGUGUGAAAUCUCAUAACCAAAAUCAUGUCUCCGCUAUGCAAACCUUUAUUCAUUGUACUUUAUUCUUUGGACACUUGGAGACAAUUUUGUACACUAGGAUAUUUUAUUUUUGUAAUGCUAAAACUUUUGAUUGCUUUGUCGUAUCAAAACUAAUUUUUACUCAGUUACAGUUGACAUGAUUAGAAACAAAACAAAAGCAGUUUUUCAGAGCCACCUUAUGUAAAAUAAGAGAGAGAGAGAAAAAAUUUAGGUCAUGUUUUUUGUGAUUGUUCAGCAGUCUCUGAAUUUAUCAUAUCUAUAUAAUUAAAAAAUAUAUAUAUAUUUACAAUUAUACCAAACACUUGUUCCUCCUUCCCACUUGAUCUCCUUGCCACUGAAACAAGAAAUCUUUAAAAACACCUUCAGCACUUAAAGGGUUAAAUAUUGACCUGUUUCUCACCCACACCCAUCAUAUCACUUCUUGAGACAGAUUUUACAACUGCAGUUACGUUUAUGGAUUACUUUUAUACUGCCUUUGAGAUUUUUGAAGCUUCUGAUCACCAUUCACUUACAUUGUAUGGACCUUCAGAGCUGAGAUAUUCUUCUAAAAAUCUUAAUUUGUGUUAUGUAGAAGAAAAGUCAUACAUCUGGGAUGGCAUGAGGUGUAAAUGAUAAGAGAUUUUCCCUUUAAUAAACAAUGUGCCUCACAUUUAACUGCUUAGAAACACAGACUUAUAAAAUAAUUCCACACUAUAUUUAGAAUAUACAAUUAUUAGUAGGUAAAAAGCAUAGUUUGGUCAGUUGCUGAGGAAACAUUGUUUAUAAUGCACCUCAUGUAAUGUAAAAUAAUGAAUUGUUGACUGUUUUGAAUAAUGCAGAGUCCAUUUUUAUUUUUAUUUUUUUGCAGUACUAUACCGUGUUCCUAUGCAGGAAACAUGUAAACAAUUGCACAGACUACAUAGUGCUCCUGUGACUUAAAAAAAUAAAUGCA